CACUUCUGACAAACAUUUUGGUUCCACAAUUUAUCCGUGUGGGUCGACACACAUGUCUUUCCUUCUGGUUUUUCUCUCCCUCCUCUCUUUCGCCGAUGGGCAAGCGAACAGUUUCCACAUGAGAGCAGAGGAGAGUCGUCACACGGCACGGACAGAAACAAGAGUGAACUUCUUUUGUUUCACUCCGCGCUGAGUCCCUUCUAUCUGUCUCAAACUUCUCGCUCGUGUUUCUCGACGCGUAAAAACUUUACAGAGCUCCUUCCCUACCUCCACCCUCCUCCUCCUCCUCCUCAUUUUCCCUGCAUGCGUAAUUAGUUGGAGAGCGUUUGGAAACUUGUGAUGGCCGUGAAAAAAAUCUCACUUUAUUUCUGACACCUGUUGCUGAGGACACCGCGCACACAGCCGUACACAACGGGGAGCGCGUGCUACUGAUUUUAAGACUUUGUUUCUACAUUUCUACAUGACAAGUUGGGACUUGUUGGGUACUGACAGGUCCACGGGUCGCCGGAAGCUGCGUUAUAGGCUACUUCUAUACACUCCCCUAAAUCGGCUUUUUGUGACUCAAGGACUUUCGUGCGGUAUUUCUCUGUGAAGGGGAUCGAGCAGUGAACAGAAGGACAUUUAAUGUGUCACUUGGGAGAAUUUGUAUCUGUCUAACACACUGAGGCUCUGCAGCAGGCUGCUCAGGGGUCGGCCUGAAGGGGUUUCCCUUUCGAUAAAAACACCGACCUGUCUGUAGUUUUCCCAGCCGGACAGAGUCACACUCUUCGGACUUGAGCGCUGGUGGCAGGAGAAACUUUCCUUGGAGAGCUGAGCAACAACUGGAUUCGAGCACAGCAGAACAGGUUGGGUGCUGACCAUAGCAGACUUCAGGACAGAAGUGCUUUUUCCUCUGCUUCUCCCCCCUCUUUUCUCCGACUGUGCCAGCUGUAAACCCACCUGCAGACCUUUCUGUAGAAACACGUGAUGGGACCUUGUCACGAGCACUUUCCCCACCACCGGCUGUGUGGCGUUGACGCGGCGGACCAUGGACAACAGGCCUGUCCGGAGAAAGCGUAACGAUGCCGUGCGACAUCUGCUGCUGGCAGCCGCCUUCCUUGCCUGCAGCUCCCAACUGCUGGUGGUGGAUGCCAACUCAUGGUGGUCACUAGCUUUGACCCCGAUCCAGCGGCCAGAGAUGUAUAUCAUUGGCGCUCAGCCUCUCUGCAGUCAGCUGUCUGGUCUCUCCCAGGGCCAGAGGAAGCUGUGCCAGCUGUACCAGGACCACAUGAUCUACAUCGGAGACGGAGCCAAGACGGGCAUCAAGGAGUGCCAGUACCAGUUCAGACAGAGGAGGUGGAACUGCAGCACUGUGGACAACACAUCAGUGUUUGGGCGGGUCAUGCAGAUUGGUUCCAGGGAAACAGCCUUCACUUACGCCAUCAGCGCGGCCGGUGUGGUCAACGCCAUCAGCCGAGCAUGCCGCGAGGGCGAGCUCUCCACCUGCGGCUGCAGUCGUGCCGCUCGACCCCGUGAUCUGCCCCGCGAUUGGCUGUGGGGCGGCUGCGGCGACAACGUGCAUUAUGGCUACCGAUUUGCCAGGGAGUUCGUGGACGCCAGAGAGAGAGAGAAGAACUACCCACGUGGUUCUGCUGAGCACGCCAGAACACUGAUGAACCUGCAGAAUAAUGAAGCAGGGAGACAGGCGGCCUAUAACCUUGCAAAUGUGGCCUGUAAGUGUCACGGCGUCUCAGGUUCCUGCAGUCUGAAGACCUGUUGGCUCCAGCUGGCCGACUUCAGAAGUGUUGGCGAGUUCCUGAAGGAGAAGUACGACAGUGCAGCUGCCAUGCGCAUUGGACGCAAGGGCAAGCUGGAGCUGGUAGACAAACGCUUCAACACCCCGACCCCGGAUGAUCUGGUCUACAUCGACACCAGCCCUGACUACUGCCUCCGCAACGAGACCACAGGCUCGCUGGGCACGCUGGGCCGCCUCUGCAACAAAACCUCGGAGGGCAUGGACGGCUGCGAGCUCAUGUGCUGCGGCAGAGGAUACGACCAGUUCAAGACCUACAAGCACGAGCGCUGCCACUGCAAGUUCCACUGGUGCUGCUACGUCAAGUGCAAGCGUUGCACAACGCUCGUGGAUCAGUUUGUGUGUAAAUAGUACCCUGACACAUGAUGGACGAUUGGAAGGGGAUGAAAAGGGAGGAAAGGGACUUAAGGGAGAGUAGAUGAAGAGGUGACGGGAUGAUGGAUGGGUGAAGGGUAGAUGCAUUUUCAGGGUUUUGUUCAGGAAAAGUUAAGACACAGAAGUUCCAUUUUCUGACCAGUUUCCUUCUCUCCUCCAUUUAUAAAUCUCCUGCCUUUUUUACACAAAGAGCAAAAGCUGCAUAACACUUGCGUGGCCAUUUUAUUUGUGUGUGUGAACAGCACAAUGAUGGGGAAUUGGGAAGAAGAACAGAUGGAUGGGAAGGUGGACACAAGUAGGAAGCGAGGAUUUCUUCCACACUUUAUUUUUCAACGGAGAGUCCUGUUUCUCCCCCCUCCACCAUCACUUUCUGCCUUCCUGUAUAAUAUCCUGAUCACAACCCUGAAGGAAGGAGUGAUGGAAAGGAAAGGAAGGACAAAACAAAAUGGAUGAACACAGAAGGACAGCAAGGAUAAGCGGACCCUAGAAGUGGACACAUGGUGUGAUAACAAAGAUAUGAGAGAUCAAAUAAAUAUAUAAUUAAAUAAUAAAUAAACCUACAACUCUGAUUGUUAUUUAAAGAGACUCGAACAAACCUCAGGCACACUUUGGACCUAUAAAACGUGUGUUCACGUAUUCUGGAAUCCCACAAAUCAGUACAGUCCUUUUGGACUUUGAAGCCAUGUAAUCGCUGACCUGUGUCACCGUCUCUCUUUCAAAGAACUUUUGACCUUUAACCCUGCCAAGAGAACUUUGUGCAUGUGAGUUGUGCUGACGUUGCUCAAACACACUUGCAAUACCGACAGAGAACACCAGAAAUGCAGCAGGCGGAAGAGGAAUCACUUAUUGGAGGUGCAAAACAGAAAGGGGGUGAAUGGAGGGGAAUAGAGAAAAGUGGGAAAAGUUGAAAUAAAAUGACUUUGGGUGAUUAUUUUGCAGGUGACCGUUUCACAAGCCACUCAGCUGAAUUUCCAGCUGUCGAUUUCUGUUUAAAAAUGCAAUAAAAACAAUCUUCAAGUCAAAAAGGACUAACGACUUAAAGGACACACUCUAUCCAUUUAUCUCUGUGUAACAACGGCUGUUAGAGCAGAUUUCCAGCACCUGUCCUGACAAGUGUGUCUGCGCAGGUUAAUGAAGCUCGCCGGUUGCGGCCAUCUCCGCGUGGCUCUUUAAACAAGCAGCUCACACGGGCAGCGUCCUUCAUCUGACAGUGAAGUGAGCGAGACCUCCAUUAGUGAGAUUAAUGUGCUGUAUCUGCCUUAAUGAACCCGCACUAAGAGACACGUUCACUGUGAGUGGACCUCUUCAUCACAUGUUGUUAUGUAACUUAAGUCAACAAAAAGCCCUGUGCUGUGGAUUUUUGGCAGUUUUGCCACCAAUUUACCAUUUUAUAAUACUGUUAUACCAUGAAUUUUGCAACUUGUAUGGGUUGGGUUGAGACUAUUUUAAGUGUAUAAUGUAAUCCAAUCAAUAGACGCAGUUGAUAACAACAUGAAGAGGACAAAGUGAGCAGAAGAGGACUGAACAUGCUGUGGAAAAAUGAAUGUGUGAGCGUUAAAAAACAGAGAGGACUGCAAUUUAUUACGUGCUACUUUAAAAAAAAAAAAAAGAAGUAGAUCAGAAAAGAAGGUAUAUUUUAUUAUUGUUUUUCAUUUCAUUUGUUUUUUCUGUGUUUUAUACAUGAGUAUUAUUGUGUACUCUUUUGAUAAACUAGUCUUCGACAAUGA